GUCAACUAUAUAAACCCGUUAACGGGGUGUCGCGGUUAGGUUUUGGAGCGCUUCUCUCUUCCUGCCAUUAAACCCGCCCCCUCGAGCCAACUGGCCAAUAGCAGCAGCUCAUCCAGAAACCCUUCUUUUGCCGCUAAAACUAAACUCGCUGCAACUGUUUCCGUCAGGUUGCGUGUACGAUAAAAGUAUCAGCAAAUAACUGCAGAAUCAGCGUGGUUCACAUCUGCAGCUGAAAAUGGGAAUAUCUGGUCUGCUGCAGUUCAUCAAAGAUGCCGCCGAGCCCGUCAACAUCAAAAAAUACAAAGGCCAGAGCGUGGCUGUGGACACGUACUGUUGGCUGCAUAAAGGAGCCUUUUCGUGUGCCGAGAAGCUCGCGAAAGGAGAACCAACUGACCAGUACGUGUGGUACUGCAUGAAAUUUGUGGAAAUGAUGUUGGCCUUCGGUGUCAAACCAAUUCUGGUGUUCGAUGGACGCAAUCUGCCUUCGAAAAAAGAAGUGGAAAAGGCUCGCAGAGAGCGCAGAGAAAGCAACCUUCAGAAAGGUCGACAGCUUCUACGUGAAGGCAAACUGUCCGAGGCCAGAGACUGUUUUACCCGCUGCAUUAACAUCACCCCCGCCAUGGCGCAUAACCUCAUUAAGGCCGCAAGGGGGAGAGGAGUGGACUGUGUCGUGGCUCCGUAUGAAGCCGAUGCUCAGUUGGCGUACCUCACUAAAUCCGGUUUGGCCCAGGCUGUCAUCACCGAGGACUCUGACCUGCUGGCAUUCGGCUGCAAUAAGGUGAUCCUCAAAAUGGACAAGCAGGGCAACGGCCUGGAGAUCGACCAAAGCAACAUGGGCCGCUGUCGCUCUCUGGGCAACGUCUUCACGGAGGAGAAGUUCCGCCACAUGUGCAUCCUCUCUGGGUGCGACUAUCUGGCCUCCAUACACGGCAUCGGCCUCGGCAAAGCCUGCAAACUGCUGCGGCUGGCCAGCGACCCGGAUAUCCUCAAGGUGAUCAGAAAGAUGGGCCAGUAUCUGAAGAUGAAUGUCGUCAUCCCUGAGCAGUACAUCGAGGGCUUCGUCCGAGCCAAUAACACCUUCCUCUACCAGCUGGUGUUCGACCCCGUCAGGAGGAAGGUCGUGCCUCUCAACCCGUACCUAGAGCACAUCGACCCGGCAUCCCUCGGCUACGCUGGACUUAAUCUAGGAGAUGACAAAGGCUUGCAGAUGGCCUUGGGAAACCUUGACAUCAACACCAUGGAGAGGAUAGAUGACUUCAACCCAGACAAACCCAUUCCACAGUUUUCGAAAGCCCGUAGCCGCAGCUGGAAUCACUCGUCGGCUCCCACCGGGCCCAGUAUCUGGAGCGGAGGCUUAAAGUCAGCGGCAGUGGCCCCGCCCCCGUCUGCUGCCUCCCCAGGCAGGCCUCCCUCCACCAGGGGGAAGGAGAGGAUCGUCAGCCUGGGUAGUCUGAGGCUGCAGGCCAAGAGACAGCGAGAAGACCCGAGCGUAUCAGACCAGGAUGUGCUCCAGCAGUACUCGCCCUCCAGUCACAAGCGGUCCAGGUCGGACCAGAAUCCAGAGAAGCCGACGUUAACCGGCCCGCCGCGGCCACGCAACCGCUUCGCCACCUUGCUGCAGCGGAGGAACCAGGAGGCGGAGGAGGACAGCCAGGACACGCGCAGCAGAUUCUUCAGUGGUUCCGGUCUGAGCGCUAAGGCGGAUUCACCUCAGGAGAACGAGCCCCGAGCCGGGAGUCCCACCCGGACCGAGGACAGCGGCGAGCCAGACGUUCCAUCUGUGGACACGCCCGGCCCGCCUGCAUCGCCGAGCACCGCGGCCCCCGGCGCAGCCAGUCAGGGCCCCAGGCUGUUCCAGUGGUCGGGCACGCCGAAGGCCACCUCAGGCCUGAGCGCCCUGCAGCAGUUUCAGUAUAAGAAGGACAGUUUUUGCCUGUCCAAAAAGACCCCCGGACCCCCUGGAGACGCGUCGCCCCCACAUCAGUCCUCCACUGAUGGACAACCUGACACACCUGACCUCCAAGAUUCACCUCCCUCCCAGGACAGUGCCUACUUCUCCCAGCCUUGCGUCACUUCCUGCCACAAAGAGGAAGUCGUCGCCGACAGCUUCCCCUCCUCCCACCAGGAGGAAGCUGCCGCCGCAGCUGAGAUUAAUUCAAGCAAAGACUCUGAGCCGGAGCCGAGUCCCACACACUCGGCAGAAGCGGAAAAGAAACUUGGCGUUCUGAGAUCGAAGGUUUCAGGUCUGUCGAAGCCAAAGUCCGGCCGCCGGGGUCAAGCGGCGCCCGUGCGAACGCUGGGCCCCGCCCGGGCCAGUGGACUGAGGAGAAAGCCCGUGGGUUCUGGAAAGAAGACGCCUUCCUCCAACAAUGAAAACAGCCCCGGGCUCCAGGCCACCAUCAGCAGCCUCUGGAAGAACUUCGGCUUCAAAAAAGAUUCCCAGUCGAUGGCCGUGUGUCAGAAGGGAGAGCCCAUGUCUCCCGUCAGAGACAACCUGCCAGCCAGCUCUCCUCAGACGGGCAGGAACCUCAUCGCCGGCUCCUGAUGGAUGCUUUCAGUUCCCACACGCAUGGUGCUGAGUGUGUGUGUGUGUAAAGCUUUUAAACAUACCAUGUAUGUCAAUGCUUUCUCAUUAACUUGUUUUUCUUUCGCGUACAGUUUUGAAAUAAAGCAACUGUCUUCUGAU